CAAGGAAGGACGUUAGCUGAAAACGUAGGCUAAAACUAACUCUAGAUUUCUAAAUCGUUGGUUUAGGCAAAUUGGGAUCUCAUCUGAGUGUUGGAUUCUUUAAACUUUAUAAAAGCUAGAUCUAGUGUUAGAACAUUCUCAUUAAAACAUUUUAGAACAGUUUGUGUCUUAUGUAGAGAGAAGUGAAAGCGAAACCAAAUAUACUCCUAGAUCUAUAGGCCAACACAGAUUAAACAAUAAAUAUAAAUAAGACUUGUGAGUUGGACCUAUAAAAAAUAGAAUAGGCCUCUAGGCCUAGGCCUAAGCUGCAACAAAUCAAGCAAGUCAGUCUAGAUUCUCUACCACUCUUUAGUUUUUGAAAACACGAAAUGGGAAAUAUUAAUGUUUGCGAAAUGGGUGGCGUCCAUAAAGCUCUGUUUACUUGGUUCAUUUCUUUAGUAUUUUUGAUUCUUUUCUUAUUAAGAGCAGAUGGGAAAGUAGAUUGGAAUUGGUUUAUAAUAUUUAUUCCGAUGUGGUUGUUUGACGCUGCUGUAAUCACCUACAUUAUAGUGAAUAUAAUCAUGCACUGUCGGUCCCACUACCCCAACUCUGUAGACAGGAAUGACAUGACUAAGAAGAGGAAAUAUUCCCUGGUGGUUUGCUGUUUACUGAAGGUUGUAUUUCAAGUUCUGCUGUGUCUCCGCUUAGAAAACUUUAACAUCAGCAUGUACUACAUGCUGAUACCGUUUUGGAUUCUCUUCACAUCAGGGCUUGUAGAGAGUUUUCUAGUCCUGGUUGGACAUUAUUCCUACAACAACAGGUGACAUAGGCCUAGAAGCUACUGUAUAGUUAGAACCCAGCCCAAUUACCAACUAGAACCCACAAUGGACUAA